AUGAUGUCUCUUUGUAUGUUGGUUGUGCUAUUAGUCAUACAUGAUGAAUCUUUUGCUCAGUCAAUAACAUCAUUGCAGACCAAAGAACAUGCCAUGGAGGGAGACACAAUCACUCUCUCAUGCAAAUAUGAUAGCCAAGCACGUAGUUUACAGUGGUAUCGACAGCAUCCAGGAUCCAAACCUGAAUACCUGCUUCUUCUUUAUGAGUCAUCAAGUAAUGUGAUACAUGCAGAUCCCCCUUUCCCAAGACUGGAUGCCACAGUGAAUAAGGUGGAGAGGCUGGUAGACUUGAAGAUCUCCACUGCUGCACUCACAGAUUCUGCACUGUACUACUGUGCUUUCGAGCCCACAAUGAGAGUAAAAGCAACCACACUUGCAAAGAGUCUGCACUGGUAUAGACAAUAUCCUGGAUCCAGGCCUAAAUUUUUGCUCCUUGUCAUCGAGUCAUCCAUAAAGAGUGCCAUACAUCCAGAGCCCCCUAUUCCAAGACUGGAUGGCAAACUGAAAAUGGGAGAUAAGCAGGUGGAUCUGGAGAUCAACUCUGCUGCAGUCAUAGACUCUGCUCUGUACUUCUCUGCUCUGUACUACUUAACACAAGGUUUUGCACAGUCAAUAACACCAUUGCAGAACAAAGUACAUGCCACUGAGGGAGAGAAGAUCACUCUCUCAUGCAAAUAUGAUGGAAAUGCAGACAGUCUGCAAUGGUAUCGACAGUUUCCUGGAUCCAGGCCUGAAUUUCUACUCCUUGUCAUUGUGUCAUCUAAAUGGAGUGUAAUACAUGCGGACACCCCUAUCCAAGGACUGGAUGGCAAACUGGGAGAUAAUAAGCAUGUGGAUCUGGAGAUCUCCUCUGCUGCAGUAACAGACUCUGCUCUGUACUACUGUGCCUUGCAGCCCACAGUGACAGGAAACACAACAACACUUUUCAGCAGCUUGAGAUUAUCAGUCAUGAUGUUCCUAUGCAGUAUCUGGCUCAUUCUUCUCUUUGCAGGUGAUGCAAUUGGACAGGGAAUAGCCCCUUGCUCCUCAUCUGAAUUUGUUGCCAGUGGUAACUCCAUCACAUUGUCCUGCAGUUACAGUGGGACUUACAGCAGUGAUUCUCUCCUGUGGUAUCGGCAAUAUGCAAGAUCCAGACCAGAAUUCUUGUUUUUAGUUAGUGAAGCCAACUUUGAGCGGCCAGCUGAUCUUCCAAUUCCUGGAAUGUCUGCUAAAUUAAAUGAAGAGAAUAACCGUGUGGAUCUGGAGAUCUCCUCUGCUGCAGUAACAGACUCUGCUCUGUAUUACUGUGCCCUGCAGCCCACAGUGACAGGAAACCCAACCACACUGUACAAAAUUGAAUGGAAAACCAACCAAGCCAACUAACUAUCUGAUGAAUCUACUGUACUGUUUUAACAGUAAACUGGACCUUGUACAUACUCAUAAAAAACAUGUAGAUCAACUAAAAGAGCAUGUCACUGGCAACACCAAGGUCAUGGAUUAAAUUUUGUAAGGAUCACACAAACUGAUAAAAUGUGUAUGCAUACCUUGACUGCACUCUCAUGCACAAGUCAGUUUGAAUAUCUGCUAAAUGCCUUAAUGUUAAUGUAAAUAAGAUUACACUGAAACCAGAGUCAUA